CCCUCUCCAAGGAAAAAGAGAGAGAGACGAAAUGCAGCAGGGAGGUGGGUCUGAAACGGAAGUGACGUGGGAAGAUCAACAGAACAUCAACAAGUUCAGUCGAUUGAACAACAGGUUCCAUGAACUCGAAGACGAAAUCAAAGCCGCCAAGGAAAAAUGUGACAAUCUAGAGGACGCAGGCAACGAGUUGAUUCUGGCGGAUGAGGAAAUCGUUCGGUUCCAAAUUGGAGAAGUCUUUGUUCAUGUGCCAGUGGAAGAGGUAGAGACGAGGAUAGAGGAGAUGAAAGAUGUGACUAGCAAGGACCUCGAAAAGCUCGAGGAAGAGAAGGAAACCAUUGUUGUGCAAAUGGCGGAGCUGAAGAAAAUCUUGUAUGCAAAGUUCAAGGAUUCCAUCAAUCUCGAAGAAGACUGAUAACAACAGGUUAACCUAAGAAUCACGUACUGAACUCGGUUUAAUCUUUUUCCAUAUCACACUUAGCGUUCUCGUUGUUUGGAUGUUUGCUUCUUUCUGUCCGGGUUAUAAGAAACCUUCACUGACCGAGAAAACUUACCUUGUUUCUCCAACCCAAUGUUUAGUUCGGAUUUCUCGGUAUGGCAUUUGUAAUGUUGACUGUAUGAAUUCGACUAGAGUUUCUUGAGUA